UAUGGCGCAUGCACGACACCUGUUCCUAUUGUUGGUCGCCUUUACGAUCACGAUAGUGACUGCGAGAUUGGACUUCAAUCCAACCAUCAUCAACGAAGAUCGCGGAAGAACCAAGAUUCACGUUGGAUUACUGGCAGAAUGGACGACCGCAGACGGAGACCAAGGAACAUUGGGCUUUCCCGCUCUUGGUGCUUUACCAUUAGCAAUAUCACUGGCCAACCAAGAUUCUAACAUUCUAAAUGGAUUUGACGUUCAGUUUGAAUGGGUUGACACCCACUGUGAUAUUAACAUCGGAAUGCAUGCCGUAAGUGAUUGGUGGAAACGAGGCUUUGUUGGUGUUAUUGGACCGGGUUGUGGUUGUACCUAUGAAGGUCGUCUUGCCUCUGCUCUCAACAUCCCCAUGAUCGACUAUGUUUGUGAUGAAAAUCCAGUAUCGGACAAAUCCAUCUAUCCAACUUUCCUUCGUACCAUUCCACCAAGCAUCCAAGUUGUCGAAGCCAUGAUCCUUACACUACAAAGAUACGACUGGGAUCAGGUGUCAGUAGUUGUUGAAAAUAUCACAAAGUACCGGAACAUCUUUAACACAAUGAAGGACAAAUUUGAUGAGCGAGAUUAUGAGAUUCUGCACGAGGAGUAUUAUGCAGGAUUCGAUCCAUGGGACUACGAAAUGGAUGAUCCUUUCUCUGAAAUUAUCCAACGGACUAAAGAAACAACAAGAAUUUAUGUAUUCUUUGGUGAUGCUAGCGACCUUCGUCAAUUUGCUAUGACAGCCUUAGAUGAGGGAAUCUUAGACUCGGGUGAUUAUGUGAUUCUUGGAGCCGUCGUUGAUUUAGAAGUCAGAGACAGUCAAGAUUAUCAUAGUCUCGAUUAUAUCCUGGACACAUCUGAAUACUUGAAUCAGAUAAAUCCUGAUUAUGCACGACUCUUUAAGAAUCGGGAAUAUACUAGAAGUGACAAUGACCGUGCGCUUGAAGCUUUGAAGAGUGUUAUCAUUGUUACUGGAGCACCUGUACUUAAAACAAGAAACUGGGAUCGAUUUUCAACCUUUGUGAUCGACAACGCACUUGAUGCGCCUUUCAAUGGUGAAUUAGAAUUAAGAGCUGAAAUUGACUUUGCAUCGGUGUACAUGUUUGAUGCCACGAUGCAGCUUUUGGAAGCAUUGGAUCGCACACACACGGCCGGGGGUGAUAUAUAUGAUGGAGAAGAAGUGGUUUCGACCCUCUUAAACUCUACGUAUCGAAGUAAGACUGACACCUUCUAUCAGUUCGAUGAGAAUGGAGACGGUGUAAAGCCCUAUGUUCUACUGCAUCUUAUACCUAUACCUAAAGGAGAUGGAGGGGCGACUAAAGAUUCGCUUGGCAUGUAUCCUAUUGGAACAUUUAAUAGAGAAAACGGCCAAUGGGGUUUUGAAGAGGCUUUGGAUGAGGAUGCAAACGUUUUGAGACCUGUUUGGCAUAACAGAGAUGAACCUCCUCUGGACAUGCCUCCUUGUGGAUUCCAUGGCGAACUUUGCACAAAUUGGGCACUUUACCUUGGAGCUUCUAUACCAACGUUCCUCAUCAUCUUUGGAGGACUAAUUGGUUUCUUUAUUUACAGGAAGCGGGCGUACGAAGCAGCACUUGAUAGCUUGGUGUGGAAGGUUGACUGGAGUGAAGUACAAACUAAAGCAACGGAUACAAAUUCUCAGGGAUUCUCCAUGAAGAACAUGGUUAUGAGUGCCAUCUCGGUCAUAUCGAAUGCUGAAAAACAACAGAUAUUUGCUACCAUUGGUACAUACAGGGGUACAGUGUGUGCUCUUCAUGCAGUUCAUAAGAACCACAUUGAUCUUACAAGGGCUGUAAGAACUGAGCUGAAAAUAAUGCGUGACAUGAGACAUGAUAACAUUUGUCCUUUCAUCGGAGCUUGUAUUGAUCGUCCUCAUAUCAGUAUCCUGAUGCACUACUGCGCUAAGGGAAGCUUGCAGGAUAUUCUUGAGAAUGAUGACAUCAAGCUGGACAGUAUGUUCCUAUCAUCACUGAUUGCUGACCUGGUCAAAGGCAUCGUCUAUCUGCAUAGCUCAGAGAUCAAAUCACAUGGGCAUCUGAAAUCAAGCAACUGUGUGGUCGAUAACCGUUGGGUACUUCAGAUCACUGACUACGGCCUGAAUGAAUUCAAGAAAGGACAGAAACAAGAUGUCGACCUCGGUGACCAUGCAAAACUAGCCCGUCAAUUGUGGACAUCACCAGAGCAUCUCCGACAAGAAGGGAGCAUGCCUACAGCCGGCUCCCCUCAAGGAGAUAUAUACUCGUUUGCUAUCAUCUUGACUGAACUCUACUCAAGACAAGAGCCCUUCCAUGAGAACGAAAUGGAUCUAGCAGAUAUCAUUGGACGAGUGAAGAGUGGUGAAGUGCCGCCGUAUCGUCCGAUCCUGAAUGCAGUAAAUGCUGCUGCUCCAGACUGCGUACUCAGUGCGAUACGUGCAUGCUGGCCUGAAGAUCCUGCUGACCGACCCAAUAUCAUGGCAGUACGCACCAUGUUAGCUCCAUUGCAGAAAGGAUUGAAACCUAACAUUCUGGACAACAUGAUUGCCAUCAUGGAACGCUAUACCAAUAACUUGGAAGAACUAGUAGAUGAACGAACACAGGAACUGCAGAAGGAGAAGACUAAGACAGAACAACUACUUCAUCGUAUGCUUCCACCAUCCAUUGCAUCUCAGCUGAUCAAGGGUAUUGCUGUCUUACCCGAAACCUUUGAAAUGGUAUCCAUCUUCUUCUCUGACAUUGUUGGUUUUACUGCCCUCUCUGCGGCUAGUACACCAAUUCAGGUCGUGAACCUGCUGAAUGAUUUGUACACUCUUUUCGAUGCCAUUAUUUCCAACUAUGACGUGUACAAGGUCGAAACCAUUGGAGAUGCAUACAUGCUUGUAUCCGGUUUACCUCUCCGUAAUGGAGAUCGUCAUGCUGGUCAGAUCGCAUCUACUGCUCAUCAUCUCUUAGAAUCUGUCAAAGGAUUCAUUGUACCUCAUAAACCCGAGGUCUUCCUUAAACUCCGUAUUGGUAUCCAUUCGGGUUCAUGUGUCGCUGGCGUAGUUGGUCUAACGAUGCCUCGUUAUUGUCUCUUUGGAGAUACCGUCAACACAGCAUCCCGUAUGGAAUCAAAUGGACUUGCUCUGCGAAUCCACGUUAGUCCAUGGUGCAAACAGGUUCUGGAUAAGCUUGGUGGUUAUGAACUUGAAGAUCGAGGCCUUGUUCCAAUGAAGGGUAAAGGAGAAAUCCAUACCUUCUGGUUGCUAGGACAAGAUCCAAGCUACAAGAUCACCAAGGUCAAACCACCACCACAGAAGCUCACUCAAGAGGCCAUAGAGAUCGCUGCUAAUCGUGUCAUACCUGAUGACGUCUAAAUAUACAACCCACUGGUACAACUACAAUCAACAACAAAUGAAGAAUGUUACCAGAUACUUCUGAUAAAAUACAAGGAAUGUUAUUCCCGACCCCUUCACGUGAAAUAUAACGUCGGGUAAAUUCAUUGGUCUUAAAGCUUACAUGAUUCAGUAAGCAUUGUAAGAAACAUAUAAAAUGUCUG